AUGUCUCCAUAUUUGUUUGUGCUGGCAAUGGAGUACCUGAACAGAUCUUUGAAGACACUCACUCAGAAUCCUGACUUUAACUUCCGUCCUAAAUGUGCAAGAUUACAAGUCCUACACAUCUGCUUUGCAGAUGAUCUACUGAUGUGUUGUAGAGCAGAUGAAGUAUCCAUGAAGCUAAUGAUGGGAGCUUUUGAUCAAUUUUCUACUGUUUCUGGGCUACCAGCAAAUCUGGAAAAGAGUUCAUUAUAUAUAGUAAGAGUGCCUAUGGACUUCAAAGAUAAAAUGCUAGCAGAGUUACAUUUAACAACCUACUGGGCACAGGUAUUCCUUAUCCCAAAGAAAGUCAUUAAGCUUGUCAAUAGUAUCUGCAGAAGCUACUUGUGGACUGGAAGACAUGACAAUGCUCACAGAGCUCCUAUUGCUUGGGAAACACUGUGCAAACCAAGAGCUGUUGGGGGUCAAAAUAUUAUCAAUUAUGAGAUAUGGAAUAAGGAGGCGUUGACUAAACUAUUAUGGGCUAUAAUGGCAAAGAAGGAUAAGUUUUGGAUUAAAUGGAUCCACAGUCAGUACAUAAAGCAGAAGGAUAUUACUACCAUGGAUGCUCCAAAGCAGGCUAGCUAG